AUGCACAGACUCGGCCAGGCGGCUGUGGCCAGCUACAACAUGAACAGCAACAGCCUCUACUACUUCCGGGACACGCACAUCAUCAAGGCGGAGAGUCAGCUGGUUGCUGGCAUCAAGUACUACCUAACAAUGGAGAUGGGGAGCACAGCCUGCCUCAAGAACAGAGUUCCUGGAAACGUUGACCUCACUACCUGCCCCCUGGCCGCAGGCAUGGACGAGGAGAAGCUGCACUGUGACUUUGAGAUCCUUUUUGUCCCCUGGAAGAAUUCUUCCCAGCUUCUGAAGCACAACUGUGUGCAGAUGAAAUAGGCCCCCGUGGAGGCACUGGGUACAAUGGCGGAGGGUGCUUCAGGUCCCUGGGCCAUGUCUGUUGCAAUAAAUCACCAGCACUGCUUCUUG